AUGUCCACCUUCCACUUCAUCAACUGGUCCGCCAGUUCUACUUCUGCUUCCACUCCUACACCUGCACCCACUCAGCGCACCUUUGUGCCCGGUUGUCUCCGUCUGAGUGUCUCCACUACUUCCAACAACGACCAUCUCUGGGCUGCUGCACGCGCCUCAACUGCUCCUCGUGCCAUGGAUCCGCCCCGUCCCAAGCGCGUUCGCGCUCGCGUCAGCUAUGUCGAACCCACUGAGCUCGACGACGACAUCGCUGGUGAUGAUCCCGCCGCCCCCGCCCCUGCCUCAGAGGACCAUGUCUCCGAGACCGAGCUCGAUGCCACUGAGAUCGAGUCUGACUCUGACUCCGACGACGAGUUCACCACCGAUAAGAGAAAGCUCAAGGCCCAGAAGAAGAAGAAGGCUGCCAAGAAGGCCGCUAAGAAGGUCAAGAAGAUCAAGGACGUCCCAUUCCCUUUCAUGGAGCUGCCACUUGAGAUCCGCUACAUGAUCUACAAGGAAUGUCUCGUCGAAUUGGCUAGAGAUCUCAGCUUUGCCACCAAGUCCAACGGCCGUGAUCUCUUCCGCGGCGCCUCGAAGAAGACCAACGAUCGCCGCUUCGGUGGCUACCAGCACAAAUUCAAGCGCGAGCGCUCGAAUGACCCCAACCGCACCACCCUCCAGCCAGUCAUCCUUCGCAUCAACAAGGAAAUCAGAGAAGAGGCAACCCCAUACCUUUAUGCUCAGACCUUCCACUUUGCCACUACCCAAACCUUCCAGCUGUGGUUCUCACGUGUCAGUCCCGCCAAUCGCAUGCUCAUCAGAAGCAUCGUCAUCAAGGGCUGGACUGAUUACAGAUUCGCCCGCUCAAGGGACGUCCAGCACAUCUUCUCCCUGCUCAUGUCUGCUACCAAUGUCAGAUCCAUCCUUCUAGAUCGCCAUGUUUGGGGCCCAAAUGACGGUCCUGUCAACUCCUACCGCAACGCCAGCUUCACCAACAACGCGUCCGGCUUCUGGCGCGAUAUCGAGUACUGGGCUGAUGCUGUUGAUGUCGCUCAUGGGCAGGGUGCUGCCAAGGCUACCUUGAAGUUCACCAAGUUGUGCUUUGGUUCCGAGAAAGAGAUCGAAAAGAAAGACGAGGUCGUCGAGAAGCGCGAGAAGGACUUCAUGGCUCAGCUGAAGUUCUCUGAAAAGGCUGAGGAGGCCGAGGAGGCUGAACGAUAG